AUGGUAUUCAACCGUGUCGUUCAAAUUGGGCGCGUCGUGUUCAUCGCUAAGGGACAAGACGAGGGCAAGCUUGCCACCAUCGUCAACGUCAUCGAUGGAAACAGAGUUUUGGUUGAUGGACCAACCACUGGUGUUAGCCGAGGUGUUCGAAACCUCAAGGAUCUCCAGCUCACGAAAUUCGUGACUAAGAUCAGAGUUGGACAGCGCACCAAGGGAGUCCAGGCUGCUUUCGAGGCCGCUAAAGUCGGAGAGGAGUUCCAGAAAACUCAAUGGGCCAAGAAAAUCGCGCAGAAGGCCUUGAGAAGCAAGCUCACCGACUUCGAAAGAUACAAGUUAAUGAAGGCCAAGCAAAUGAGAAACCGCCUUGUCCGAAUCGAGUUGGGCAAGUUGAAGAAAGCCCAAAAGUAA